CCCAAAACAUCCGGUUAUGGUUUCAGCGUUUCGGCGUCUUUGUUCGCUGUGAGGACUUCUCUAUGGUGAUGGACGGCAGCAGUGGGACGGACGGAGAAGCGAAACCCUCAGCUCCAUCUCGCACCAAGAAGCCCGACAAGCCCAUUUACAUCCCCAAGGCCCGGCAGGGUGGAAACCAGCCUCAGCCCCAGACGGGAGGGGAUAAGAAACCUAAAGGUAAUCGACCCCGGUACACCGAUAAGUCCCGGAGAUACAACCCCAAGAACAAGAAGGAGAAAAGCGGAGGAGAUAAGAUAGAAACCGGGGAUGACGGGUUGACCAAGAGCGAGGACAAACCGAACGCCGAGGAAGGAGGAAAAGAGAAAGAUGAAGCCGGCGUGGAGGAGGAGAGACGAGACGAAACUGGAGAGGACGCAGGGAAGAGGGUGUGCACUGAGGACACGACUAGUGAGGUAAAGACCAGAGCGGCGGAGGAAGAUGGAGGACAGAAAGACAACAACAAUGACCAAGAGGAAGAGGAGGGUGAUAACUGGGAUGCUUUAUUCACUGACGAUGGAGAGUGUCUCGACCCGCACCUCCUGGAAGAGAUCUCGGAGAAAGCGGGACAUAACAAGGCGUCGGUUCAGGAGUCACGGUUCGACUACUAUAACUGGUCGCCAGAGGACGACGAGGUGGAGCUGCGGGAGGACGAGCUGUCUCAUAUCGUGGAGAUCUACGACUUCCCGACCGAGUUCAAGACGGAGGAUUUAAUACGAGCCUUCUGCGCCUAUCAGCAGAAAGGCUUUGAUAUAAAAUGGAUCGAUGACACGCACGCUCUCGGGCUUUUCUCCAGUCCCAUAGCAGCACGAGAUGUCCUCAGGACCAAACACCCCAUGCUAAAAGUUCGUCCUCUUUCCAAAUCCUCCUCAGCCACCAAAGCCAAAGCGCGUGCCUCCUCAGACUACCUCCUCCCAGCUAAAGAGCGUCCUCAGACGAGUGCGGCUCUCGCCCGGCGUCUGGUCAUUGGCGCCCUUGGGGUGAAGAGCGCGCAGAGCAAAGAGCAGCGCGAGGCCGAGAGGAACCAGCUACGGCAAGCCAGAGAACAAAAACGACUGGCGGCCAAGCAGCGGGACGACGCCUGGGAGGGGAAGUAAAGCUCACACAGCUCGGUCUCUCUCACACACACACACACACACACACACACACACACACACACACACACAAAAAAAAUUGACAUUCUUCACCGCGCUGUGAGUGACAUAGAGAUACAGGUUUCCAUGGCAACGAUUAUGAAACCAUGCAGAAUCAACAGAGUCUCUGUCAGGGUGUGUGUGUGUGAACAUUAAUAAGUUGCAGCUUAUAAUAAGGUGCACACACACACACACACACACGGAGCUGCAUCACUUGCUUCACCCUGCACGUGUUUGCGUGAGAUGGUACGACAAAUUCUCCCCGCCGACUGGAACAGUUUGUGUGGUGAUGUACAUCCCAUCCUGAGGCGUUGUCAUGGCGACAGAAGGACCGACUCCUGCAGGUGACACAGUGUGGAGGAACUAGAAGUUAGGGUUCAGGGAAAUUAAACUGACACACAGACUAGUAUAGGCCGCAGAAACAAACACACGUUUAGUUAAAGCCACUGGUUUCUGUUGUUUAAAAGUAAGGUGUGUGUGUGUGUGUGUGUGAGAGAGAGAGAGACGUAUUUUCAGGUUUUGUAAAUAAGGUUGUUUUAUAACGUUCAGCUUUAACCUCAAGACACCAGGCUUCUUUUUGUUCUGAUGCCAAAAGACACACCAGCGCGUUUGGACUCUGUGUGUGUGUAUUUACACGGUACCAGUCAAAAGUUUGUACACCCCUUCUAUUCUAACUCCAUGUGCUUUACUGAUUAUUUCUUUCUACACUGUAAAACAAUAUCGAAGGCGUUUAUCCAAAAACACGUUGAUGAAUGAAACAUUGAGGUGUAUCUGCUAAUCACGCUCUGUAAAUCCUUUAUAACGGCUCUAAUCUGAGGUGAUUUCUGAGGCUGUAACUCUAAAUGAACUAAUUCUCUGCAGCAGAGGUAAGUUCCGGUCUUGCUUACCUUUAUGAGAGAGUUUCAUCAUGGUGCUUGAUGGGUUUUUACAAACGCACUCGACACAAAACUGUUCUUAAAAGAAUUAUUGUAAGAACUGACAGUUGCUGUUACUGCAACAAAAAAAAAAACAGUAUUGUUUUAGACUGUAGAAUAUAAAACUAAACAUUUGACUGGUACCGUAUGAAGUUUUUAAAAUGCUUUUUAAUUAAGCCUUUGUAUCUGCCCUUUUGAGCACUGUUGUAAAGACUUGACUGUGAUUUGAUUAAUAUUAAAAAAAUAAAAUAAAAUCUUGGUCUCC